AUGACGCUAACUCUAGUGAAGGGGACCGUGAAGUGGUUCAACAUCACCAAGGGGUUCGGCUUCAUCUCCCCGGAGGACGGAAACGACGACCUCUUCGUCCACCAGUCCUCCAUCAAGGCCGACGGCUACCGCAACCUCAACGAGAAAGACAUUGUCGAGUUCGAUGUCAUCACCAGCGACGACGGGCGCACCAAGGCCGCCAACGUCACCGCACCAGGAGGAGGCGCGCUCGCCGGUGGGGGCGGCUACGGCGGCGGUGGUGGCGGUGUCGGUAGCGGCCGCUACGAAGGAGGAGGAGGCGGCAGCGGCCGCGAGUGCUACAAGUGCGAUAAGGAGGGCCACAUCUCCAGGGACUGCCCCCAGGGAGGCGGUUGCGGCGGUGGCUACGGAUGCGGUGGCGGUAGCGGCGGCGGCGGCGGUGGCGGCUGCUUCUCCUGCGGCGAGUCUGGCCACUUCUCCCGCGAGUGCCCCGACAAGGCUUACUAG